GAGAACAGGAUCGCUUACGUGCAAGGAUUAGGGGAAAUAAGAUGCCACGUAGUGACGAAAACAGGCCCCACAGUUAGUUCGUGGCCACGCGGGGAAAUAAACAGAGAAGGGCUCAAGGUGGGGAAUAUUUGUAGGGUUCGUCGGCGGCUGCAAUCGGAGGAGGAGAGGUGGGCGGCGGCAUAAAUCGGAGAAGAGGCGGGCAGCGGCGUAAAUCUGAGAAGGAAAGGCGGGCGGCGGCUGCGGCGGGCGGCGAUGGCUUCGUCCUCCGGCGCGGCGUACUGGAGCGUAGGGCGCGGACGAAGGAGGGCAGCGCCUAGGUCGUCGCCGCUGCCUUAUUGGGAGAAUCCCAUGGCUUACGGACCGGCGAAGAAGGGGUACUCGAGAAGAGGGCGGCCACUGGAUUUUUCCUUGUUCUGUACCAUUCUUGCGUCCAUGGAAAAGCAACUUCUUAUUGAUCUUCGAGAAAUGUAGAUGAACUUGAUGAUGGCCGGCAGUCAUGGCAGAGAUAUGUAGCAGAUGUUGCAACAAGACAUCAAUUUGAAGUGAUGAGGGAGAGAUGUGGAGCAACUGUUCGACUGAUUGAGAAAGGAGACGAGUUGAAUACUGAUGCAUGAUGUCUUGUGCUCAACAAUGGAUUAGUUUAAUGACUAGUUGAAUGUUGAUUAGUUUAAUGGCUAGUUGAUUGUCGCUGUUUGCUACAUCUGCAUGAGUAGAGUAGUUUAGUUGCUGCCACAGCAGCCUUUUCAUCUGUCUGGUACCCUUUUGUCUAUCUAGUAAGUACUUUAUUGUUUGUUGCCUUGUUGGCUUGUUGCCAUGGCAGCCCUUUUAUCAGUUAUGCUAAUAUUCCUUUGUGUUUGGUUGUUUGCUGCAGGUAGUAGAAGUGUAGCACCAUGGAUGGAAAUGCAGCAGCUGAUGGGGGUGAGCCCCCCUAUGAUCCAAUGAAAGAUCCAACAAGGAAGCCACAACGGUCAAAUGAUCCGGGAUGGAACUAUGGAUAUUGGUCUGAGCCUCCAAAUCGGGAUCUUGUUGUGUGCGCUCUUUGUGGCAAGAUAACUUCUGGAGGGAUCAAGAGGCAUAAGGAGCAUGUUGCGGGCGUCGGGGGUGAUGCAAUUGGUUGUCCUAAGGCCACCACACAACUGAGGAGAGAAAUGAGAGCAUAUUUGGAGCAAAAUAGGAGGAUCAAGGGAGUAGUAGAUGUAGAUGAUGAUCAGGAGGUUGUGGAGGUGAGUUCAGUUGGAGCAAACAUCGCCUCUAAAAGGCCAAGCUCAGGGACAGCAACCAGACAGAAUAAGAAAGCGUUUAUCAUCAACAUGCAAGGUAAAAAGAAGUCUGUUACUGCUGCCGCCAAUAGUUCCAAGCCAAUUGUUGCCAUGUUACAAAGAACACCUGAGGAUCUUGUAGAUGAAAGGCGCUCUGGGUGUUCUCAAAGCACCAUGGAGUCCAGCACAAAGACUCAUGAAGAGAGGCAUUAUGUCAGUAUGCAGUGGGCGUUGUUCUUUUACGAGUGUGGCAUUCCAUUUAAUGCUGCAAGUAGUAGGCAGUUUGAGGUUGCAAUUGAAGCCUCAUGUCAAUAUGGUUCAGGUUACAAGCCACCUAGUGCACAUGAGCUGAGAGAGCCAUUGCUUAAUGAUUGUGUGAAGGAAACAUGA